AUGCCCUUUGUAGCUGUGAACGUGUGUGCACUUGGGAGCCACGACUGCGAGCAGGUCUGCGUCAGUAGCGGCGGAUCCUACCUCUGCGACUGCUCUGAAGGCUACACUCUCAAUCCAGAUAAGAGAACCUGCUCAGCUGUGGACAUGUGUGCACCUGGGAGGCAUGAGUGUGAUCAGGUCUGUGUGAGUAACAACGGAUCCUAUGUCUGUGAGUGCUAUGAAGGCUACACCCUGAAUCCAGAUAAGAAGACUUGCUCAGCCAUGGACAUGUGCACUCCUGGAAGGCAUGACUGUGCACAGGUCUGUCUGAGUAAUGAUGGAUCCUACAGCUGUGACUGCUUUGAAGGAUACACUCUGAAUCCAGAUAAGAAGACUUGCUCGGCUGUGGACAUGUGUGCCCCAGGAAGGCACGACUGUGAGCAGGUCUGCGUGAGAGAUGAUCUGUUCUACACCUGCGACUGCUACCAAGGCUACACUCUGAAUCCAGACAAGAAGACUUGCUCAAGAGCCAUGACGAGCAGUCUCGUAACAACUGAGGAGUCCUGUAAGUGUGAAGCCAUAGCUGCUCUGCAAGACUCAGUCACCUCACGCCUUGAAGCUUUGUCUACAAAAUUGGAUGAAGUGUCUGAGAAGCUGCGGGCGUAUCAAGGCAGACAGCAGGUUGUCUGA